AGGGCGGAACUUUUUUUGCGACCUAUGUUUCUCUACGACGAAUACAGUGACGCCGCACGUUAGCUUUGUAGCAUGCGCCGUUGAAGAAAAACGUAGACUAGCCGAUUGGGGACACUUUCUUUCAUUUUGUUGAUUAUUGGUUUGAGGCCUUGCUGUGUGUGUACCUAAACACCUGGUACAUAAACAAUGGAGACUAUUUUAGAGCAACAGCGUCGCUACCACGAAGAGAGGGAGAGGUUAAUGGAUGCUAAAACAAAAGAAGUGUUACACAAGAAGUCUACGCUACGCGAACAGAUCAACUCUGACCAUCGAACAAGAGCAAUGUUGGAUAGGUAUAUGGAUGUCAGUGCAAAUCUCAGGGACUCCUAUGAGGAUAAAGAUGGAAUGAGGAAGGAUGAGCUUGCUGCCAUUUCAGGACCAAAUGAGUUUGCAGAGUUUUACAACAGACUGAAGCAAAUAAAAGAGUUUCACAGAAAGCAUCCAAAUGAGAUUUCUGUUCCCAUGUCUGCAGAGUUUGAAGAGCUGAUGAAGGCCCGAGAUAACCCCAGUGAGGAAGCUCAGAACUUGGUGGAGUUCACCGAUGAGGAAGGAUACGGUCGUUACUUGGAUCUCCAUGACUGCUACCUGAAGUACAUCAACUUGAAGGGAGCUGAGAAACUGGAGUAUAUUACUUACCUGUCAUCAUUUGAUCAACUGUUUGACAUUUCCAAGGAAAGGAAAAAUGCUGAAUACAGAAAGUAUUUGGAGAUGCUGCUUGAGUACCUCCAGGACUACACAGAUAGGGUCAAGCCUCUGCUAGAUCAGAACGAGCUGUACGGCAAAGUGCUUGUAGACUUUGAGAAAAAGUGGGAUAAUGGAACAUUUCCUGGCUGGCCUAAGGAGACAAGUAGUGCUCUUACGCAUGCUGGAGCUCACCUGGACCUGUCUGCAUUUUCCUCUUGGGAGGAGUUGGCCUCAUUGGGUCUUGACAGAUUGAAGUCUGCUCUCAUGGCAUUGGGACUGAAGUGUGGAGGGACUCUAGAAGAGAGGGCUCAAAGGCUUUUCAGCACUAAAGGCAAAUCCUUGGAAUCACUGGAUCCUUCACUGUUUGCUAAGAAUCCCAAAGCCAAAGGCCCUAAAAAAGACACAGAGCGUAAUAAGGAAAUUGCCUUUCUGGAGGCUCAAGUAUAUGAAUACGUUGAGGUUCUCGGGGAGCAGAGACAGCUGACUCAUGAGAACGUGCAGAGGAAACAGGCAAGGACUGGAGAAGAGCGUGAGGAAGAGGAGGAAGAGCAGCUCAGUGAGAGCGAGAGUGAAGACGAAGACAACGAGAUCAUCUAUAACCCCAAGAACUUGCCCUUAGGCUGGGACGGCAAACCAAUUCCUUACUGGCUCUAUAAACUCCACGGACUGAACAUCAACUAUAACUGUGAGAUCUGUGGAAACUAUACCUACAGAGGACCCAAGGCCUUCCAGAGGCACUUUGCAGAGUGGAGGCACGCUCACGGCAUGCGCUGUCUUGGAAUCCCCAACACCGCUCACUUUGCUAACGUCACACAGAUCGAAGACGCUGUCUCCUUGUGGGCGAAACUGAAGUCCCAGAAGGCACUAGAGCGGUGGCAGCCAGACACAGAGGAAGAAUACGAGGACUCGAGUGGAAAUGUGGUCAACAAGAAGACCUACGAGGAUCUGAAGAGACAGGGCCUGCUGUAGACUGAAGAGAACCCAACUGACAAGGGACAUCUACAGAGCAUACUUUAAAAUUUGCUGUAUUAUUUUUUGUUUUUACUGCAACUAGAAAUGUUUUUACUGAUUCUUUGCCCACCCUUUGUUUCUUCUUUUGAUGGGUUUGUAAUGUGAUGGCCAUUGAUCAUUAUAAUAAAGCCACAACCUUUCUCUUAUUAAAAUAUUGUCAAGUUUA